AUGACAGUAGAGAGGAUGAGAACAAUCGGUUUACUCUUUGUGUACUUCAUCGCUCUAGUCUUAUUCAUUGCUGCGGUGCAGGCAAUUCCCUAUCCUAUUGAACAUUAUGAUCAUGGGGCGAUUUUGGCAGAAGCACCAAUUGCUGUUCAUGGCCAUGUAGAGCCUGUGUCCUAUCCUAAAUAUUCCUUCAGUUAUGGCGUCAAGGAUCCCCACACAGGGGACAUUAAAUCCCAAGCCGAGGAACGUGAUGGUGAUGUAGUCAAGGGUCAAUAUUCAUUGGUUGAACCCGACGGUUCGGUGCGUACUGUGGAUUACAAUGCAGAUGAUCAUAAUGGCUUCAAUGCGGUUGUUCACAAAACCGGACCGGCUGACCAUCCAGCUCCGGUUUACGAUCAUCAUUAUUAA